UCCCAGCAUAUGCCGUCGAACAUCACAUGUCAGUGUAGCUUGAACUAGCUUAUCACUUGCAGUCGGUAGAAAAUGAAUUUUGAAACACGAGAUAGCGUUCUUUCCUUGACGCAAAAUGUUUGCCAUGUAUUAGAUCACUGCACAUUUUGACGGAAUUUGUGAAGAAUUCGUCAAGGACCGCCGCAUUAGCCUAGCUAACCAGCCAAGGUGUGUUAAGCUAGCUGUCAAAUGGCAAAAGAUGUCUCCUGUUGCCUCCCUGCUGGUCCUGCUGGCUGUGUCUCAGCUGACGCAGGGCCAGACUCAGACCCAGGCCCAGACCAAGAUCUCUCUGCUGGAUAUCACCACCAGCAUUGGGAGCGUCCUCCCCAGCAUCAGCCGGCCUGCCAACUCCAGCCGCAUCUUCUACGGGGUGAUGUUUGACGCCGGGAGCACUGGGACUCGCAUCCAUGUUUACACCUUCAUUCAGAAAGACCCAGAGGAGUUGCCUGUUUUGGACAACGAGAUGUUCCAUUCCAUAAAACCUGGUCUGUCAGCAUAUGCUGACAUGCCUGAGAUGGGAGGCCACACAGUGAGGAUGAUGCUGAAGGUGGCUAAGAAGACGGUGCCUCGCUUGGAGUGGAAGAGAACCCCGGUGGUGCUCAGGGCCACAGCAGGACUCCGGCUGCUGCCUGCAGGGAAGGCCCAGGCUCUGCUGGAACAGGUCCGAGACGUGUUUGAUGAAUCUCCUUUUCUCAUCCCAGACGACAGCGUCAGCAUAAUGAACGGCACAAAUGAAGGAAUCUUGGCCUGGGUAACACUGAACUUUUUAACUGGUCACUUGCAUGCUCAGACCAAGAAGACUGUGGGGAUUCUGGAUUUGGGAGGAGGAUCAACUCAAAUCACUUUCCUCCCCAAAUCUCAGAAAACCAUUCAAAGUGCCCCUGCUGACUACAUUGUCAGAUUUGACAUGUUUAACAGUACCUAUGAGCUGUACACCCACAGCUACCUGGGAAACGGGCUGAUGGCUGCUCGGCUGGCCACCUUGGGAGCUCUAGGGGCGGAAGGGUUGGAGUGGAGGGUCUUCAAGAGCUCCUGUCUGCCUAAGAAGUUCAGCGAUGAGUGGAGUUUCGGAGGGCUGACCUACAGCAUCAGUGGGAUCCCAGAUGGUUUUGCAGGAUACAAGCUGUGCUACCAGGAGGUUCUGAAGGUUGUGAGAGGGGUUGUGCUUCAGCCGUUCGAGCUGAAGGACAGCUCCGUCUUCUACGCCUUCUCCUACUACUUCGACAGAGCCGUCGACGCAGGCCUCAUCGACGGGUCUCAAGGAGGGAAGCUGGAGGUCAGAGACUUCAAGAAGAGAGCUAAAGAGGUGUGUAACAAGAUGUCUAAGCACCAUUCCGCCAGCCCUUUCCUGUGCAUGGAUUUGACCUACAUCACCUGCCUGCUCAAGGACGGCUUUGGCUUCAAGGAGAACACAGUUCUGCAGCUCACCAAGAAGGUGAACAAUGUGGAGACGAGCUGGGCUCUAGGAGCCACGUUCCACUACUUCCAGAACCUGAAGAUCCACUGAGGGAGCUAAACACACAGGGAACACCAGGGAUCUACCUGACGCCUACAGGGAGGUCCUCAGAUCCCCCUCACCUGGCCGGCCAAUAGGAGCUGGGAUGGAAAGGUGCAUCGUAGAAAACCCCAGGAGUGUUUUAAUUUCUUUCAGCGAUGACUUUGAUAGAUUUCAACUGUGUAUCUUUAUAUCUGAGUUUGCCUUCCUUGAUUUAAUUUU